GAGAAAAGCCGUUGGUCAACUACAAUUUAUAGUUAUCAAAGAGCCGCUUUAUUAUGCAUGAUUGGUGAUGACAAAGAGAAAUCAUCAAUUGAAGCACUAAUGAAAAAAGUUCCUCAGUACAAACAGAGAAUAGCUGGAAAAUCGUUGCCAAUGGAAAAGUUUGCUAUCAGAAAAGCUGAAAGAUAUUUUAGUCAAAACAAGCAUUUAGUGCUUCCAUUAAUAGAACUUAUGUUUUUGUGGAAUCUUUUCAAAAUAUUGAAAAAAAAUUUUAGAAUUGCGGAAGGAAUUUUAAAAGUAAUUGAAAAAGAAGAGAAGAAACUAGAACACACAUUAUCGGAUAAAUAUCAGAAUGACAAUAAAGCACUUUUGUUACUUCUUAAGGGAGCAUGUUUGAGACAAAUGAGCAGUCCAUUGCAGGCAUUGGAAAAUUUAGAAUCAGCGAUUCUAAUGAAAAAGCAAAUUAUUGAAGAUAAUUUUAUUGUUCCUUAUGCAAUUGUUGAAUUAGGACUACUAGAAUAUGAACGAGGAAACAAAGAGAAAGCUAUCCUUGCUCUGGAAGAUGCAAAGAAAAAUUAUUCCGGCUAUUCAUUAGAGUCUCGAUUACACUUUAGAAUUCAUACAGCACUCUCUGACUUAAAAUGUAAAGAUUAGAU